GUAAAAUAAUUAAUACUCUCAAUAGUAGGCUCUGAAGGGUAUGCCCAGUUCUACGAUGUAACUUAUAGAAUUCAAUCCGGUUUUUACAACUGACCGUUUCAUCGAAAAUAAACGAAAAUUGCUUUACAUCUGUUGUUCGCAAAGUUAAUGAAGCGUAAGAUAAAGUAGUAUUAACAUACGACAACGAUUGUGUUACUUGAUUCCUGGUUUCGUGAAAACCCCCUAACAUUUAGCAUUUUUUGUUCCGCAGACGCUCUUUCUCAGCAAGAAUGCAUUGUUAAAGUUUACAACAGGCCACGUGAUCGACCUUAUAUCAAAUGAUGUUCAGCGAAUGGAGGAAGACACAGUCAUGUGGUUGUCUUUUGCGAUUUUUUCGUGCUUUGUCUUGGUGGUGUUAGCAGUGUUACUCGUGUAUUUGAUUGGCUGGCAAUCUCUCAUGGGAGUCUUUUUCCUGUGUUUCCUUGUGCCAUAUUUCCUUGGGUUCUCCUAUCUUAACGCUGUACAACGCGUGCGCACAGCAGCGGUGUCCGAUCGACGCAUCUCCUUGAUGAACCAGGUGGUGUCUGGAAUUCGUGCCAUCAAAACGCGUGGGUGGGAGGACGAAUACCGAAAAAAAAUUAAACACAUACGAAGAAGUGAAAUUAACAUCAUCCGUAAAAAAAGUGCCAUUCUGUCAAGUUUUCUUGCCUUGAGGGACAGUUCAGUAUCAAUGGCGACCCUGUUGUCUGUCAUUACUCUUGUGCUUACUGGUCAACCCAUCACACCUGUUAAUGCCUUUAUGCUGGUUGGUUUUAUGGACAUCGCAGGGCUAGCAACAUGCCGUUACUUUUCCACUGCUUUGCUACAAACAUACGAAGCCUAUGCAUCACUAAGAAGAAUAGAAGAUUUUCUUCUUUUAGAAAACCUUCCCUCCAUCUCACGUGGUCAGUUUAGAGAAGACACCAGUAACACAGAGAGCAGCUCAACCAAAGUUACGAGUGGUCUGUCAGAUCGCCAGGCGAAAAUGGAGAUAGUAGUAUUCAAUCCUGACCUAGAAAAAAAUAAGCAGGACAAGCCCAGCACUUUACGCGUGUCGAAUCUGACGUAUAGACAAAUCGAGCGACAGGAUGAAUAUGUUUUACAGGAUAUUGAAUUUUCCACAGCACCACAGAGUCUAACAGUCAUCACUGGACCAGUAGGCAGUGGAAAAUCUACUCUUCUCUCAGCCAUCGCUGGAGAGAUCUCUGACGUUAGCGGGACAAUAACCUUCCCAGGGACUCCUGUUUAUGUUCCUCAGACAGCUUGGAUCUUCUCUGGAACCAUAAGAGAAAACAUUUUGUUUGGUCAACCAUACGAUGAAACAAAGUACUCCAGAGUUAUUGAGGCAUGCGCUCUCACAGAAGACAUCCAGCGGUUUCCUGACUAUGACCAAACAGUUGUUGGAGAACGUGGUGAGGUUCUGAGCGGAGGUCAGCAGGCGAGAGUUGGUUUAGCGCGCGCAGUUUACGCUGAUGCAGACCUUUACUUGUUAGACGAUCCUCUGAGUGCUGUGGACUUUAAAGUUAGCCAACAUAUCUUUAAAACAUGUAUCAUCGAUCUACUGGGUGAAAAAACGCGAGUGUUAACAUCACAUCAUGAACAGCACAUGAAGGAAGCUGAUCAAGUGAUUGUGUUGUACAAAGGCCGUGUGUUGGAAAAGGGAAGUUUCACUGAACUACAAGAAAAAGGAAUUCUGAACACAACUGUUGACCCGCUCUAUCAGACAGCUGGGAACGAUGGGGAGCUAAAUAAGAGCUUUGCUCGGGAGAUUGAACAGGAAAACGGCUUUGAAACAAUGGUCCCACUACCCGAUGAAGCUAGGGGUCUGGAAUUGUCUCAAGAAGAUCGUUCCAUCGGAGCGGUUUCAUCAAAGCUUUACUGGAACUACUUUAGAAGCGGAGUACAUUGGUCAAUAAUCUAUGCAGUAAUUUGUUUGUGCUUCAUAGCGCAAGCAAUGAUGGUUGCUCCUGACGUCUGGCUGUCAUCAUUAACAAAGAAACUUCCAGAAGAUCAGAAAGGCAGCACAAACCUAACUAUCUAUGCUUGUCUCGUCAGUGGGUCCCUUAUCUUUGCCGUCAUUCGAGCUUAUGGAUUCCUUUUUGUUUCCUUAAGAUGUUCUGAACGCCUACAUGACAAAAUGGUUGUAGCUAUUUUACAAGCACCGGUUCAUUUCUUUGAUUCAAAUCCCGUGGGAAGAAUACUCAAUCGAUUUUCUAAAGAUGUAGGCUGCCUUGACGAGUUGCUGCCCAAGACGUUUCUAGUAUCUAUCCAGCGAGUCUUGUUGGUGUUAGCAUCAAUAAUUGUACCAACUGUUACAAAUCCUUGGCUUCUUUUUCUUAUUGUUCCGUUGAUUGUGUUAGUCUUGUACAUCUCCAAGUAUUACUUGAAAACGUCCAGAGAGCUCAAAAGGUUAGAGUCAAUAUGCCGCAGUCCAGUCUUCUCUCACUUUUCCGAGACCCUGAAUGGACUGGACACGAUUCGAACAAGAGGCAGACAAAGGGAAUUCGUGGAUCAGUUUUACAGAUAUCAAGAUUUUCAUAAUCAGUCGUAUAUUAUGGUGAAGGCCAGUGGGCGAUGGCUUGGUGUACGCCUGGACCUCCUCGCAUCCAUUUUAAUUGGUGCAGUGUCUCUGGCGGCUGUUUUGGUGUCUCAGGAUGCUGGUAGGUGCAUUUGUAAUGUAAAUCAAAAUCGACAUAAUAGAUGUUACUAAUUCUGAGGGUCUGCCUCGUAGCCCACUUCGUAAUUAACUAUCGGUUUGCUGUUCACGAUUCAUAGUUUAUGGUGUUUCAUCGCAGGGACUUGCGAAAAUUACUAUUUUGGUUCAACAAAAAUUGAAACAUGAACAAUUGACUGUUCUAGGGAUAAUCGCAGCCUGCAAAUAGAGCAGCGGCCUUUCAUUUCUCGUCGCCAGUUUGCCAUGAUCAGUUUUCGCUCCCUGGCAAAAGCCAAACCGGAUUGCAGCAAUAUCUCCAUGAUAAGAUAUCAAAGUUGAAUUAUUCCUUUAUGGUGGAGGUGGCGUGGCCUAGUGGUUGGGACGCUGGAUUUGUAAUGCGGAGGUCUUUGGUUUGAAUUCUCCUUCCUUUUUGGAGCAAUGAUACGAUAACCUAGGCAUAUAAUUCUUUUAUCCAUGAGUUUGUUUACACAACCCUUUCAGUCAGUACAGUGAAGACCUAGUGAUGAGCGCAUGCUAUCUUAGCAAAGGUGGGGGAUAGAACUGCACACGAGUAGAACAUUAUAGUCCGCAGCUAAGCUCACAGGACAUGAUUAAGGUGGCUGAACACAGUCUUUGUUACCUGUGUUUCAUUCAC